AAAAUCCUUUAGAUUUUUGUAAAUUUUGUGGUGCUGGUGUUAAUGAUCUCAACGAACAUAAAUUAAAUUGUGAUAAAAAAAUAAGUUGUUUAAGAUGUAAAAGUGAACAUGAUGUAAAUGAUAUGAGAUGCCCUAUUAUUAAAACUUAUAGAUCUGCACUUAUGAAAUCUAUUUUUACUACAGCUGGUGUUAAUAAUCUUCCGCAACAAAAUCAAACAAAUUAUUGGUUUAAUAAUGAUGAUUAUCCUGUUUUAAAUGUUAAAAAUUUUACUAAACAUCAUCAUCGUCCAGUUAAUAACAUAGCCAACGAUGCUGAUUUAAAUAAUAAUUAUUCUGAUCAAUUUAUUGGUUUACAGCAGGUGGUUAUGAAUCACAUUCAUGAUCUACGAUUACAACAAAUUGAUACAUCAUUUCAACGUGAUUUUAUAAACCAUUAA